GAAUUAUAGUGGGUUUCAGAAUAAUUAUACCUCACAAACACUUUACUUAUCCUUUUGCUGAAAACCCACUAAUUCCCCAUAAGUCUUUUUUUACUUAUGCUCCCAAACAGCCUCUAAUAAAGUUAGAUAGAAAGAUAAGUUUAGAUAGUGAUAUGAUUUCGUAUCUAACGCGUUCGCAUCGCAAAUCAAACUGUCAGCCCAGCAAGUAAAGCCGAUCAUGAUCACAUAAUAAAUCGAUUAAUAUUUUUAUUCUUCGAUGAGUAAAUAACUAUCCUAUAUAGGUACCUAGUAAAUACCUACGAACCAUGGCACGCAAAAGAAAACAGAAGCGCCAAACUCGGCUUACUUUUGAGCCUGUUCCGUCUUCAAAUGCUGCAAAUGCUGCAAAUGCUGCAAAUGAUUCUCCGUCGUCGCCUACAAAGGUGCGAUACAUCAAGGGCAAUGACAAGAACAGUGGCGAUGGCAUAAAACUCAGCAGCCCAAUUCGGACCCUACAACCUACAAAAAAGUCACACAUCACAAGAUCAUCUCAAGAUGCAUCGUCGUCUUUAUCAUCAUCAGCCGGGCUACCCAAGGCCAAAUCCAUGUCAAGGCUGCGUAGCUCCCAGCGCCUUGCUGUAGCUAACGAUUCCUCCGAUGAUGUGGCAAUAGUUGAGCCUCCAAAGUCGUCUCAGUCAGUCUCCACUAGACUCAAGCACACAAGCCUCGGUGUGGACGACGAUGAUGAUGAAGACGAUGACGAGCCUGUCUUGCCUUCCUCUACCCGGAAACGGCGUCGUCCUGUAGUGAGAUUGUCAGCCAGUUCUGAGGAUGACGAUGAUAAACCUAUCAUCGCUCUUAGUUCAAUGAAGCGUGCUCGCCCAGCGAUGGUGAUCCUCGAAGAUUCAAGCGAGGAAGAUGUUUCUCCCACGAAGAAAAGGAAGACAUCACACCUUACACCAGAACGACAACGACUGGAGAGACCAACUCAACCGAUCUCUUCCCCCGUAAAGCAAGCCCCCCACAAAGGUCACCGCUCCAAGAAGGAGAAGAUGAAAGAAUUACUUCGUCGUCGUCGAGCAGGCGAAAAGGUCAGCAAACUUACUUCGUCAGAGGAAGAAUCCGAUGAAGACAAACGAGGAUUAUACGAUACAGAUCCUGAGGAGGAUAUGUGCUUCCUGAAAGAGUUUGAUGAUGAAGAGACAGAGAAUGGAGAAGAAAUUCAGCAGUUGCCACAAGAGGACGAGUCUAAGAAUAAAAAGGAGAGAAAGGACAAGAAAAAGGAUAAGCAGGAUGAGAAUAAUGAGAAGAAGAAAAGGAGAGAGAAGAAGGACCAAAAAGGAUCCGAUGAACAAGACUCGAACGAGAAAGGAGAUGAGGAGGAGGAUCUAGAUGAUUUUGUGGUUGAAGACGAUGACACUACUCUUCUAGGGGCUCCGGCCAACCUCGAUCUACCUCUCGAGUUCACUGCACAAGCGCACCAACCUCUUAGGUACCAGUUCAAGCUGAUGGUUGAGUGGCUGGUGCAGAACAAAAUUAACCCCGCCUUUGCUCGGGACGACCCUGUCUAUCAGAACGCCUGGCGUAAACUCGACGACGAGUUCAGAGCCCUGGCGUCGUCCAAGUUUUCCUCCUCUGCUUGGAAGAUGGAGUUCCACCGCGCACUGAAUGCCAGACCCAUCUUGGACUCCUAUGAGAUGGAUGAUGUGGGCGACCAUGGAGCGACCGAUGAAGGCACGUGCGAAGCCUGCGGUCGACGCGGCCAUGUCGCUAGCUGUGUCAUCAUCUUCUCGGGCCACGCUUACCACAAGGACAAGCUUACGGAAGUCGAGUCAGAAGACAGCGACAGCCAAGACAGCGACAGCGAAGAGAGCGACCGCAAGUCUUAUGACGCGCAGGGAAACCCCCUCCCGCCCCAGAGCAAGCGCUGGUAUGUUGGAGUCGUGUGCUGCGAAAAUGCCAAGAUAGCACACAGUCUGAUUCACUGGAAAUACGCCCAAAAGCAGGAGGUCGAGGAGCGCCUCGUGCACGAGGGCUGGAUGGAGGUGUCGAAGCUGAGGGAGCGCGAGGACAUGAAACUUCACAAACGUCGCAAGGUGGCCGAACGUAUUGUGGAUGGCUGGUGGGAGGAUGGCAGCAUCGCCAGGAUGUACGGCGAGUUCAAGAAGAUGCUGGAGGAGGCACGCAAUAGGGCAACUUCGAGCCGUGCUCGCUUCCGCUAGGCGCGGUAAUCGGGAGACACGGCUAUAUCGCAUUGUCACCACCUAUUUAUUCACUGCCGAACUCUAGAGGUUUAUUGUUUCUCUCCCCUCUGCAAAUGAUACCCCUGAGGCAAGUUGUAUACAAUACGUAUCUAAGUAAGUAGGUAUGAUGAAUCCAGACGAUUAUUAUAACAAAACCAACCCAUGGCGAAUCGUGCAAGUCUUUGCAAGGUGUCAGGACUGCGUGCGUAGCUGGAGCUGUGUACUAUAAGAAUAGGUUUGAUACUUUCUCUAUGUGAGGUUCAUGGUCUAUACUACUAGGGAAGAAAGAAAGAAAAGGGGGGAGGAGACCGCUUGUUAAGGAGUUGAAAACAAUGGUAUUGCAAACCUCAGUAUUAGGAUCACGAAGUAAUGAACAAACCCAAGCAAAAGGGGUUCGAGAUUUUAGACGACUUAGUUAGCUACUACCUAACACGAUUCACUUUUCCAUACCUAGCAUUUAACUCAUCCAUCCAUCCAUCCAUCCAUCCCCGCCCCAUCCGGCCUAUAAGUUUUCUUCUUGGGAACAUCAUCCUCGUUCGCCUGAUACGUGACUC